AUACAUGUGAAAAACGGUUUAAGUUAACCUGCAUUUGUUUUAUCCGAUGCAACUUGAACGCAACAUAUAGCGGUGACGCUGAAGUGCUGCGACACCUUGAGGCCGUGCGGGUGAACUUCACCCUCAGCGGCCGUCGCUCGCUACGUGGCCGCCGCCGGCGACGUUAAAUCCACAUUCCGCUGCUGCUUCCCGGGGCCUUCCGUGUGAACAAGCGGCGGUAACAGCGGUGAGGAGGAAGAAGAAGGAGAAUAACUAGCUGCGGCCCAGACAUGGGUGACAUUGUCCUGCCUCGUCGCAUGUUCCUCUGGUGCAUGUCGGUCAUCUACCUGGCCGCCUUUGUUUCCCUCUACGUGCAGAUACCAGGUCUCUAUGGUAACGACGGGCUUUUGCCAGCCCGUUGGCAGCUGCGAUACAGCGGUAAGCCCCUGGGGGAGCAGCUGCUGUCCUCUCCCACCCUCCUGUGGCUCGGACCUCACCUCGGCCUGGACACACACACCGCCAUGGAGUUGCUGUGUCUCGUCGGGGCUGCGCUUAGCCUCGCAGCCACGCUGGUGGAGGGUCUCCGGGACAGCGUGGUGUUUUUCUGCCUCUGGGCGUUGUACCUCUCCAUGUACCAGGUGGGCCAGGUUUUCCUCUACUUCCAGUGGGACAACCUGCUCCUCGAGACCGGGUUCCUCUGCAUCCUUGUGGCUCCGCUGACCAUAAUCCGAGGGUCCCGAGGGGUCAGAGAGCACGACCGCGUGACCUUCUGGCUGAUCCGCUGGCUGCUCUUCAGGUUGAUGUUUGCCUCUGGCGUGGUGAAGCUCACAUCACGUUGUCCCACGUGGUGGGGCCUCACAGCUUUGACGUACCACUAUGAGACUCAGUGUAUUCCCACGCCACUGGCCUGGUUUGCCCACCACUUGCCAGUUUGGUGGCAGAAGCUAAGCGUGGUGGGAACCUAUUUCAUAGAGAUUGCUGCACCUUUUUUGUUCUUCAGUCCACUACGUAGGCUCCGACUUGGGUCGUUUUACUUGCAGGUUCUGCUGCAAGUGCUUAUCAUUGUGUCCGGAAACUACAACUUCUUCAACCUGCUGACGUUGACCCUCUGCCUGUCUCUGCUGGACGACCAGCAUGUUCACUUCUGGCUACGCAAGGCAAACAUGACCAACAACACCAGUGAGUCCAGGCUGUGGUCAUGGCUGUGUUACCUGGUAGAACUGGCAGUCUGGUCUCUCAUGAUCUUUGGAUCAGUAAUCUGCUUUGACCUACAGCUAGAUACGACGAAAAAUGGCAUCUCCUCUAGGACAGCAAUCACAUACCACCAGUUUAACCAGUUCCUGAAGACUGUCACAAUCCCCUGUAUCUGGAUCGGGGUUUUCUCUCUCACCUGGGAGAUGGUCACAGCGAUGUUCAGGUAUGCAUGUGUCUGUGGUUUCCUGAAGAGGUUUUGUGGAACCGUUCAGUGGACCGUGUUUGCUGCUGCCACUGGUGCCAUGUUCACUGUCAGUCUGGUGCCGUUCACCUACUUAGAGCACGACUCUCAUGCCAAGCUGUGGCCGGGUGUGCGUCGGUCCUAUGAGGUCGUGGAUCGCUUCCAGCUCGUCAACUCAUACGGCCUCUUCAGAAGGAUGACGGGUGUCGGCGGUCGGCCAGAAGUCAUCAUCGAGGGAAGCAACGACGGAGUCGCGUGGACGGAGAUUGAGUUUAUGUAUAAGCCAGGGAACCUGAGUGCACCUCCUCCUGUGGUGACGCCUCACCAGCCCAGGUUGGACUGGCAAAUGUGGUUUGCCGCCCUCGGGCCUCAUACUCAAGCUCCGUGGUUCACCAGCCUGAUGUACAGUCUGCUGCAGGGGAAGAAGGAUGUGAUCGAGUUGAUCCAGACUGAUGUGUCUCAGUAUCCGUUCCACCAGCAACCUCCGGCCUACCUCCGAGCCCACCGCUACAGAUACUGGUUCACUCAACCAAAAGCUGAUGGUUCUUACCCAGAGCGCUGGUGGAGGAGGGUUUAUGACGAGGAAUUCUAUCCCACAGUGCACCUGGGCAACACGUUCCUGGAGAGCAUGCUCGACCAGCAUGGACUCAAGGACAAAUCACCUUCACGUCGUGUGUUCAACUCAACUGUUGCCCAGGCAAUGAGGUGGGUUCGCUCUCAGGUCAGAGGCGUUCCUGCCCACACACUUAUCUGGACCCUCAUCGCCUGCAGCGCCACCUUCUGUCUGCUCCAAGGAUUGCGAAAGAGGAACAAAGGGACCACACUUACUGCUGAGGACGCUGCGACUGUGAAUGAUUGCACCGAAAAUCUUGAGAAGUCAGAUGAACAGCAGGCAGUGGAAGAGGAAGAGGGGGAGAAAGAAGAGGGAGUGCCCAGUGAGGAUGAAAUGGAGGCAGCUGAGGGAGAGGAGGACAUUGUUUGUGAUGACGAAGAGGAUGAGGAACAAGAGGAGGAUGAAGACGAAGAAAGAAAAGAAAAAGAUGAGAUCCUCCGAAAGAAAGGGAUCUGAUAAAGAUGCAAGUAAUGACUGUUCUCACCAACUGCCUUUAUGAAAUGUCACCAAAAUGACCAAAGAAAUAGUUCUUUGUAUAUUUUGUUUUCCCAAUUAAGUAAAAAAGGUUUAUAUGAUUUAUAUAUCAGUUUUAUACAUCACAGACCAGUUGCCUAAUCACAGUGGAUCAAUGGUUUUCAUUGAACAGAUUUCGCCAGGUGUUUACACAUGUUAACACCUGUGUGUGUGUGUGUGUGUGUGUGUGUGUGUGUGUGUGUGUGUGUGUGUGUGUGUGUGUGUGUGUGUGUGUGUGUGUG